AUUGUCCCCAAUUUUCAAGCGAAGUUACGUUGGGAGGGGAGCGUUCAGCUUGGUGGCAGCUGAGUGCGAAGUUUCACCUCAACAAGAGCGAUUCUUCAACUUUUACCCAGUUUUAAGUCUCCCCGCUUGUUCCCAAGCGUGACCAAGGAAACCUUGAGGAAUACCAGAACCAUCUUGGAACUUGUGCUUGAGGAAUUUUGCCCCGGGCGACCCAGGAAAGCUGGGCAGGAAAAUCUGAAAAUCUCUCCGAGUCCAACCCCGCUGUGCGCCGUCAACGCGUGAGCGAGUUUGGCCCUGACCCAGCCAUAGAUAGGGAUACAACUCUUGCUUCUGACAGCUCCUAAGUGCCGCGUGGACUACCAGGAAUUCACGAACGUCCACGGACAAGAUUCGUCUGGAAUCUACCUGCAGAAAAUAUGCCUUGAAUGUCGGUAACGUGCGGGUGAGUCAGCAACGGAAAAGUUUUUGUGUUUUCCGACAGGGUGCAAAUUUAUGAAUGAUCCCAGCUGAAAUCCUCUGGAUUACUCGACGCACUGGCUUAUCUCUCGCGUGCUUUAGGAAGUACUUCAGCGCCAAAUCUGCCUUCCGAUCUGAUAGUCUACUUGUUGGGGAGGAUUUUGGAGUCCUAAGGGCGACCGGGGACCGGGAGUUUGUGUAAGCUCGGAGUGGGAAUCGCGCUUUUGUUUUGAUACGCGCCCGACGUCGGUCUAUCUCGGCAAACUGCGACGAGCCUUGGAAAAACCAUGGAGUGACACACGUCAGAAAGCCCAGCGAUGAAGGUGACAGUAUGUUUCGGGCACACUCGCGUCGUGGUUCCGUGCGGAAACGGCGAGCUCCCGGUCAGACAACUCAUCGAGAAAGCCGCCGACAGAUAUCGCAAGGCCAUCGGAAAGUCGUCAGACUACUGGAUCCAUGUGAAGAACCUUGAGAGCGAUGAAGGAGGGAUCCUCGACGCUGACGACCAACUGUGCGAUGUGGCGGACGACAGAGAAAAGUUGAUAGCCAACUAUGAUGAACAGGAUGCCCCUCCCGUGCCACAUAACGGUGGAGACGGCACCAGUGCGAGUUCCGUCGGCACAGAGAGUCCUGACAUCUUCCAGGGUGACCACGACAGGGGCAGCUUCACACACUAUGAGGAUGAGGGGGUGGACGUGUCAAAUGCCAUGCUCAAGAAAAACACCCCCCUUAUCGUACGCAGAGGCAGCGAGCCGUCCCUGCCCACCAUCAUCUCCCCGAUCUCCCACUCGGACGGCAGCAAGUCUGAGGACAGCAUCCUGCAGGAGCACAACCUGCAGAGCAACAAGCGCUGGUCCACGGCAGCCAUCAUGGACGACGUCGGCAACCAGAGCGGCGGCGAUCCCGUCGCUAACAGCACUCUCAUCGAGCCCAAAAGGCUACAGGAAAUCAAAGAAAACGAUCGUACGGGUGGGAACGGUGGGGAGACACUGAGUGCAUUCUCCAGAUUCGGGCGGGACUCAGCGCGACAGUCCAUCCUCGGGAACCACCCGUCCAUGGACAGAUGGGCCGAGGCCGCCGACCAUGCACACAUGAAGGCGGAGACGAGAAAAGAGCCUCUUGGAUUGUCCAGUGAUGACUCUCAGGAAAGCAGUGACGGGUCCAAGAUUGUAGACAUUGACAACGACGGAGGCCCCCUGGGGAUACAUGUAGUACCUUAUGUCGACAGCAGUGGAAGAAACUUCGGUCUAAGCAUCAAGAAUGUGGAGGAGGGAAGCAAGGCUGCUCGAGAGGCAAAGUUGAACAACUUUGAUGUCAUAAUCGAGAUUAACGGAACUUCUCUACUAGACGCCACCUUUGACAGAGCGCAGCAGAUUUUCAAAGGUGCCAUGAGCACUUCCGUGGUAAGUCUUCGCGUGUGCUCGGAAAAACCGGAAUCUUCCAAGUUCUUCCCCGACCAACCGGUGGCCGAGGGGAAACCCGCGAAACCUCCGAUACCGAGAAAACCGGACCUGUCGCUGCACGACUCUGGGGAGAGAUCGCCGGACGAACCGAUGACCCCGACCAAGAAAGUCCCGCCUUCUGUGCCGCCGCGUUCGCCGACUACGACUUUGUCCAAAACAAAACCUCUGCUGACGUCCCCGACAAAUACGAGAAGGGUCGGCAAGAAAAUCCACAUUCAGUUAACCAAAGGUAUGGACGGUCUGGGGUUCAGCGUGACAACGCGGGAUAACCCGACCGGACGGAACCCCAUCUACGUCAAGAACGUGAUGAACAAGGGCGCGGCUGUGGAGGACGGGCGGCUGAAGGCCGGAGACAGAAUAAUGGAGGUGAACGGCAUCGAGCUGACAGGAAAGACUCAGCAGGAGGCGGUGAACAUGCUGCGGAGCAUCCCGAUCGGCGGGACGGUGAACCUGGUCGUGUCGCGGCAGGACGAACCCGUGUUACCUAGGGAGCUGCCUGAAGAUUAUGCCGUAAGCGAUGCAGAAGACCCACGCCACGGUCUGACCCCACGGAAGACACGGGAAUAUGUCACGUUAGAGAUCCCACUCAACGACACAGGGUCAGCGGGGUUAGGGGUCAGUGUCAAAGGUAACAAGUCAAAGGUCGAUGGGGCUGACCUGGGAAUCUUCAUCAAGUCUAUUAUAAAUGGCGGUGCAGCAUCCAAGGAUGGUCAACUGAAAGUAAACGACCAGCUCCUGUACGUUAACGGCGAAUCCCUGGUCGCUUUACCGAACAACGUUGCCAUGGAGAAGCUGCGGAAAUCCAUGUCGACGGACGGGAACAUGCGCGGGUCCAUCCAGCUCGUGGUCGCGCGGAAAAUCAAGCAGAACAACACGUUACCGCAGACUGUCGAGGAGCCGCAAAACGAGUCGGGUUCGCUGUGGGACCAGCCCGUGGACGUCGGCGCGAACCACACCAACCGGAGCAGCACGCCAGGGUCGAGUCGUAGCGGGGAGGAGAUCGGUAACGGCGUGUCAACGUCGGAAACGAGCGAGAAUUCCGACAUCACGGUGGUACACCGCGAAAUCCAGGACAGCAGUGACGAGGUGGAGGAGGAUGACUUAGAAUUUCACACGGCGCACCCGGUGUUGGACAGGUUGAAGGGACAGGCGUACGGAGUACGGAACGAGUCGUACCAGAACGCACUGGGCAGGGACUCCCUCGGAGGCAGGGUCACGCCGAGACAUUCCCGCGAGCACAGCGCCUCGUCCCAUUCUAAUGAGCUUCCAAUGCCGAGUCCGAUCGCGUCGAAUACCAAAGUGUCGCCGACAACAAACAUGACAGGGGAGACCAUGUUAAUAGAGAAUGAAGGUGUACAGGAGAGAACGAGAAAGGCGAGCAGUCAGCACAGCGGGAAGAACACGCCGACCCUGUCAUCCAGUUCCCGUAGUAACGAGGAGGAGGAUCUGAAGGGCGGGGCGCCCGAGCCGCCGGAGUGGCUCGUGGAGUGGGACAAGAACCACGACGAAAAAAGCCCGGGGCCUGAUGAUGUGGGUAUUCCCUUCACCAGGGACGGCUUCGGCAGGCAGAGCAUGUCGGAGAGACACCGCGGCGUGAAGGAUGCUAAACAAACAGACAUCUACCAGAAGAGACAGCACAAAACCAAGAGCAUGGAUCUGGGGAACUCCCCUACACGAGACAUCGGGCCCAGUCUAGGCAUGAAAAAGUCCAGUUCGCUGGAGAGUCUACAGACGGCCAUCCAGGAGCUGGUGUCAGAAGAGGACCACGACGCCAUGGCCCGACCGCGCGUGAAGGCCGUCAGAGGGCGCGCGUGCAACGAGAGUUUCCGUGCGGCCGUCGACAGGUCGUACGAAGCGCCACUGCCAGACGUGAAGGCAAGGCCGAGGAUGGAAACUUCCGAUCAAAACUUGCCACGAAGCUAUUCGAUGAAAGAGAGUGCCAGUGAGAGCGAGAGCCACAGUGGGAAGGAACAGACAUCAUCUAACCGGUCCUCUUUGGUCGGAGACAACAUCGUGCUGGCUGAAACCAGUUUUAGGAAAAGCGGGAAGAAGAAAAAGGAAGGACUGUUCAAGGGACUGGGGUCCAUGUUCAGAUUUGGGAGGCACAGGAAGGCAGAAGAGAGGGCACUGGAGAACCAGAAGGAGGAGGAGGACAGGAGAAGAAAGGAACAAGAGAAGCAGGAGAGGGAGAGAGAAGCAGCAUACAGGGCAGCACAGGACGAACAGGAGAGGAUCCAGCAGAAGCAUGCAGAGCUGCGUAGGAAACAGGCCAUGGAGAGACAACAGAAGCAGCUGCAGGAGCAACAGUCCAUGUCUCAGAUCAGACAGGACCGCAUGCAGGAACGCAUGAACAGGCUCAGACAGGAGUAUCAGGCCAAGAGGAGAGGAGAAGAAUCAUCACCAGGGACCGGUCCCGGCAGGCCCAAAACCCCCGACGCCUCGCGCUACCCCCACCCGGAGCCGCGCCGGCCGAGAAGUCCGGAGCUGCAGCGAUACGGGCCGGCCGGUCGCGCCCAGAGUCCGCCCGCACGGCUGCCGGGACCCGGCGCACGGCCGCAGAGUCCUCCGGAAGUCGCACGGAGGAGACCUCGCAGUCCCGAGGUGAACAGAUACGAGGACAACAGGAGACACAGCAGUAUUGAAGUCAGGAAGGCGAUGAGCCAGGACCCCAGCAGGAGAAAUUCGGGAGACAUCCUGGCGAAGUACCCCCACUACCAGCCUCCUGUACCCCAGCCCAGGGACAGGAGACAGGACCCACCCCCUCCCCAGCACCCCAGCUACACCCCCACACCCAGGAACUUCAGUAGCCUACCCAGGGGAUACGGCCGGCCAGCUAUGUACCAAACUAGACCCAGUAGGAGCCAGGCGGGGACCCCCCACCCCGACCAGAUGCGUGCCAACCCUCCACACAACUACGACAACUACUCCAAACCCCCGUCAGACCCCCGGCACCCCCCUCACCGUCCGCGCACCCCAGGAGCUGACGACCCUCGCAGGCAGGCCCACCCCCCUCCCACGGCCCCCCACAGCUACUACCGCCCCCUGCAGCAGCGGGAACCCCCUGCAGAAGGCCCCCCUCCCUACCACCCCCAGGAGGCAGGUUACCCAUACAGCAGGCUACGUCCGGUACCUGCCAUAAGGGAGGAGCCUGCCUACCACGGCAAGAGAGACUAUUACGACAGGCCACCGCCUCCACAAAACCACCAACAGUAUGGCAACCGAUCGCCCGAGGAGAGGAGGUACCAGAAUAGACCACGGUCGGCAGGGGCGUCGAGAGUCGCAGAAGAAGAACGUUACCCCGUACGGCCGCGGUCGGCCGGGCCCGCGCAGUGGGAGAGAGAACGGCUGGAAAGAGAGAGGCAGGCGAACCAAGCAGCGUACUACGCCAGCCACCAGAACAACAGGCAUAGCUACUACGACGACAGGCCCAUCAGCUACCAGGACAAGCAUCCCGAGGGGUACCGCUCGCUGCCAAGACGAGCGCACAGGACGGGAGACGACCCUCGAGACGAGGGUGUCGUCAUCUCUCGAGCUGCGUGUGUCUGAUUUGUACUUGUAGAUACGAACAGAAUUCUGAAGGAAGAACAAUCAGCAAAGUGUUAAAACAUACGUGCCAAACUGGGUGUAACUUGUGUUUGGUCGGAUAAAGUUAUAGACUAGGAGAUCCUCCCAAAGUGAAAGAUGAUUGGUGUUUCUAUUGAUGGUAGCUUGUUUAAACUUUCCUUGCUGUGGGUAUAACCUGGC